CUGCGGGCCCGGCCGCGGGAGAUGCCGCCGGGAAUAGUGAUGGUGACCGCUGUCGCGGAGAGCCGGCCUGGGCCAGGUCAGGCGCAGGGUGGACUGGGCUUCAUCCGAAGGUCCAUGAGUAAGUUCGGGGCUUCCUUGACGGAAGAUUGGGUUCCGUCCGGACGAACCCAGUGCAGACUGGAAAUACGGAGCUGGGGAGGGGCAGAGAGAGGAGGAGAAAGAGUCUGAACAGACUCCAUACAAAGUUGAGGUCACGACCUGAGCCAAAACCAAGAGUUGGACACUCAACAAGUGUGCCACCUGGGCUCCCCGUUUUUUUAAGUCAAUGAAUAAUGUAGGCUAACACUUGAAAAUUUGGCUGAUAAUAUUCCAAUUGGAGUUUCAUUUCUUGGACAGAUGUUUAGACUCAGCAUACAGAAUCUAGAAUCUGCUAAAUGAUUUUUAAAAUCUGCUAUGUGACUUUCUAUUCCUCCAAAAAUGAUCUGUUGAAGAAGACACUUUCCACUUAGCCCUGGUACAGAUGUCAAAUUAAUGCACAAGAUCUUACAAAAGAACUUCUUUAUUUCAGCCUGUUCUUUUUCUUAAAAAAAAAAAAAAAAAAGAAAAGCCUCUGGUUUGCCUCCGGUUUUGUGGGUCUUUAUAAACACUGAGAAACCAAUCUUUUAUAAAACACUGACACAGAAGAACUAACACUCAAAUGAAAUGUCCUGCUCUUACUUUAAGAUGACCUUAAAAUCAGUCAACAAACCCAAGUACUGUGAAAUAAUGAAGAAAUACCAACCACAGUCCCCUGCCUUCUAGGAGUUUAUCAUACAGGAGAGGAGAAAAUCAGGACCCAGGGAACACAUCAGUGUUAUCGGAUGUUCCCUAAGGAAGAAGAGUCCCAUGAAUAAAAAAAGUCUGGGAAACACUGAUGUUGUAUCCCCCGUUUUUAAAAAAAUUGCAGCAAAACAUACGGAAUGUAAAAUUCGCCAUCUUACCCAUUCUAAAGUACACAAUUCAGUAUUAGUUGCAUUCACAAUGUUGUGGAAGGAUCAUCACCUCCCACCUCCAGAACUCUUCAUUGUGCAAAGCUGGAACUCUCUGUUCAUUAAACAAUAACUGUUUCCUUUUCCUCCAGCCUUGGCAUCAUGUCUACCAUCUGUCUCUCUGAAUUUGACUACUCUAGGUAUUUCAUCUAAGUGGAGAUGUUCUACCCUUUUUAUAUAUUAAAACUUUGGCUAGUUCUGGUAUAAGUCAACAUGUCUCACUUUAUCAUGGUUAUUUGCCACUGGCUCUUAGUACACUACCAGUAACACAUGUGGAGAGACAUAUCUUGGGAGUCUCAAAUGACAGGCACUGUGCUAGGGUCUGGAAAUACUAUGUGGAAUCCAAAACAGAAAUAAGGGAGUGGAGUUCAGAAGCAAGGUAAAAUUGCAGAGUCAUCCUUAUGAAAACAAGAUGAAGAUGUGUAAGUAAAUGAAGUAUCGAAAGAGGAAGAACACAGAGAAAUAGGAAGGUUUAGGAGUGAACCUCAAAGACUACAGAAAUGGUUAGAAAGGUGACUCUUGUCUCUGCUGCCCCUGGGAAAGUGAUUUGUGAAAUGAAAGUAGAAAGCAACCAUGCCAAUAAAUACGGCACUCUCCAUGGUGGUUUUACAGCCACCCUAGUGGACAACAUAUCAACGUUGGCUCUGCUGUGCACAGAAAGGGGAGUACCCGGAGUCAGUGUGGAUAUGAACAUAACGUACAUGUCCCCUGCAAAAAUAGGAGAAGACAUAAUGAUAACAGCACAUAUUCUGAAGCAAGGGAAAACACUUGCAUUUACCUCUGUGGAUCUGAUGAACAAGACCACGGGAAAAUUGGUAGCACAAGGCAGACACACAAAACACCUGGGAAACCAAGACCAGCAUGUUAACUGGAAGAUACCCAACAACAAAGACCAAGUGUAAAUUUGACUUGAACAAAUAGAACUUUCAGGAUAAGUUAGCACAACCAGAAAUUGUUAGGAAUUAUUUUCUUUGGGAAAAUGCCAUAGGAACCAAGUGGGACGUAGGAUGGGACUGUUUUUCAUUUAAAAUUUCUUCAGUUUGUUUGUAAUCUUAUAGAGUUGAUACUUGGGUGAAAAAAAUCCUUAGCUGAAAGUGUUUCUGAAAACUUAGGUAAAGCAAAGAAGCCAGCAAGGCCAUUUUGAGAGAUUACCUUAGAGCUAAUGUCCAAUAUUAAGCUAUUAGAGAAAUACAGGAAGCAACUUUAAAUAAAUUUGGAAGGGAUCCCUGGGUGGGUCAGUGGCUUAGUGCCUGCCUUUGGCCCAGGGCGCGAUCCUGGAGUCCUGGGAUCGAGUUCUGCAUCAGGCUCCAGGCAUGGAGACUGCUUCUCCCUCCUCCUGUGUCUCUGCCUCUCUAUCAUGAAUAAAUAAAUCUUUAAAAAAAUAAAUUUGGAGACAUUAACAGUUAAAGGCUGAUUCUCCUUUGCUUGUCAUGGUGCUCUGUUAGUAGACUUCCUAGUAGCAUUGAGCAUGUAGGACUGGCAUCUAGUUCUUAAUUUCUAAUAUUUCCCUCCAAAAGGAACCUGGGCUUCUUGGAGAAAAUAGCUGAUGCAAGGACUGGGGAACUGGCAUUAGGGAAAUUGACAUUAACAUAUUUUGUGCUUCAAAGUAAGCAAGUGUUCAAGAAAAUAGUUAAGAGGCAUGCGAACUGUGCACGUGUUAUCAUUUAGUUAGAUAUUAUAGGGCAGAGACAGGAGGGCUCUUCCUCAUGACAGAAUGCUGCUAAAUGUGGUGGGGAGGAAUAGAUACUAUUUUGCAACUAUCAUAGUAAACAUUGGUCACAACCAAAAAUCAAAAAUCGCUGGUGGUCCCAAUAAAGAACAGAGCAUUUCCA